AUGCACACUAACGUGGGCAGCAGAGUUCUCGACAAAGAAGGUUUUCUAGGAAGAUUUCCACCUCCAGUUUAUCACGAUGAAGACGGAAUUGCCAAUGUACUUGCUAUGCGCGAGAUGAUUGCUGCGGGAUACCGCAUUACUAUGGAUACUGAUGCUGACAAUGCUUUUAUUGUGCAUUGUGAUGGAAACCAAAAGAUGCAAUUUGUAAAUCGUAAGGGUGUGUAUGUGUUGGAGCAACUUGGAAUCAAGAAAAUGUUGAUAGAGGAACCGAUGGUAUUGGGAGCCUUGUUACUGAUCUGGAGGAUCUACAAGAACCGCCAGAAGAAGAGAUUGUAUUUGAGCCUGAAAUGCCUCAAGUAG